AUGGACGAUGCGAUUGAGCGCAAGCGUCGUGAGCUGGAGGACAUUGAGAGCAAGAUCACUCAAGUCACAGGCGCGAACCCAAACGAGAGUCCCAAGCGAGGGCCAUCAGACCGCCACAUGAGGGAGGAUGAUGACGCUGAUGACGAACAGUUCAUGUCUGGGAGGCUGCGCAGUACCAUCGCAACGAAACGUUCUCGCAACGGAUCCUCCUCUGUAAUCCCUGAGCGGUCUCCGUCAAAGCCAGAGGCACCUCGCAGGCCUUCUUUGUCCGGGGGUGACGGCAAAAGCGCUGCACGCAACCGCCGCAUGUUUGGAAUGCUCAUGGGAACGCUAGAGCAAGCCAACAAGCGCACCGAAAAGUCAACAACGCAAAAGAAGUUUGACGAGAUUGACCAGAGACUGCGAGAACAGACAGAGAAGGAGCGGGAGGAGUCGAAGCAGGAGCGCAUCCAACUGUACACAGAGCGCCGUGCGAAGCAGGCCGAGCUCCUCACCCUCGAACAGAACGCCGUGCUUCCGCGCUUGACGGAUGAGUGGCAGGCACACUACGACUCCCUUAAGGUGGCCAUCAAGACAAAGGCAUCGCCCCCAAUCUUCUUCCUCCCGGGGAAGCACACUGAGAAGACGCGGGAACUGCUUGAGGAGACGAGCAAAGACAUUGACCAGCUCGUAUCGUUCCGGAAAGACGACUACUGGAAGGUGUUGUUGCCUGCACGGCUGCGAGGCGACGGCACAGAGGACCACGAUGACGACGAAGACAUUGGCGAAGAGAACGGCCACGGUGGCGAUGAUGGUGAUGCGCACACCGCAACUGGCCAUGGCAUGGACGAGGGCGGGGACCAAGGUGCUGGCACAGGCGAGGAGAAGGCAGCACAGCAAGACAGCAAGGACACGGCACAGUAA